CAUUGUUAAUCCGCGUAAUAUCUAUGCCAAUAUUGGGCACUUUCCUUUUCCAGUUACUCCAACGGAGGACGGAUCUUGCGAUUGUAGCUGCCUGUGAUGGUUGGAGACGAAUCAGAUCGGCGGCGAGAGAAUCGAUGUGGGGUUGGAGCUGGUUGGAACGAGGGAUCGGAAGCUUCAUUAGAAGGGAUGCGGGCAGCGGCAGCAACAAUGGCGGCGCUUGGAUCUGGGGUACCGGAGGAAGCAAUGGGCGGUGGCAUGACGGCAUAGCGCUGGGCGUUACGGCCAUGGCUGGACUCGCCUUGGCCGCCACUUUGGUCAUCUCUUCCCGUAGAGGUGGCCUUAAAUCACCAUGGUCAGGAAAGAAAAGAAAACGUCCAUUAACAAGGCAGCAGUGGAAUACUUUCUUUUUACCAGAUGGAAAGCUUCGAGGAGGAGGUGUAAAAUUCCUAAAGAAAGUACGCAGUGGAGGAAUUGAUCCGAGCAUCAGGGCUGAAGUUUGGCCUUUUCUUCUUGGAGUCUAUGAGCUGAGCAGUUCAAGGCCACAAAGAAUUUUGACAGGAAUGCUAAACAGGAAAGAAUAUGAGAAACUACGGAAACAGUGUCAGCGCCUCACAAUACUUAGCAGGGAUGAUCACAAGGAGUUAAAAGCAGUAUUGGAUAGCCCAAGAUUUGUUCAGGGAUGUGAUUUUGUGUGUUCUGAAGAAGUUUAUGCUAAGGAGUCUGUCUCCAUUGGAGAAGGAUGCUCAAACAAAGAAAAUCUGGAGAAAUCAAUCAAAGAGGAAAGUCUUACCUCCACCAUAGCUAAUCAGGAUGGAGAGGAGAGGAGUAGCAUUACACAUUCAGAUGUACCUGAAGAUGGUGCAGUAUUAUCAGGCAGUGAAUCUUCCGUUGAAGAUUCAGAAACCUUGUUGAUCACUCGUGCAAAGCCUUCAAGAGAAAAUAAUCACAGAAUAACAGGAAUAGCUUCAGCAAAUAUAGACACUGUAAAUUCAAUUCGAACAAUCGAGGAUUUUGCCAUCUGGCAGCGUAUCAUCCGCUUAGACUCCAUCCGAGCUAACACAGAGUGGAUUCCCUACUCUCCAGUUCAAGCUGCAGUCUCUGAGGCCAGAGCUCUUAAGGCUGCUGCUGACGUUGGAUUGACAGACUAUGAGGACUUGGAACCAUGCAGAAUCUACCAUGCUACUCGACUGGUUGCAGUUCUUGAAGCAUAUGCACUUUAUGAUCCUGUGAUUGGGUACUGCCAAGGAAUGAGUGAUCUUUUGACUCCUAUUCUUUCUGUAAUGGAAGAAGACCAUGAGGCAUUUUGGUGCUUUGUUGGCUUUAUGAAGAAAGCCAGGCAUAAUUUUAGGCUUGAUGAGGUAGGCAUCAGGAGGCAAUUAAAUAUCGUAUCAAAGGUCAUCAAGUUCAAGGACCUCCAACUCUAUGAACAUCUGGAGAAGCUUCAAGCUGAAGAUUGCUUCUUUGUGUACAGAAUGGUGGUAGUUGUAUUUCGAAGGGAGCUCACGUUCCAGCAGACAUUGUGCUUGUGGGAGGCUAUGUGGGCUGAUCAGGCAGCAAUUCGGGCAGGUUAUGGUAAAUCAGCUUGGGGGAGGAUGAGGUUGCGAGCUCCUCCUACAGAUGACUUGCUACUCUAUGCCAUUGCAGCAUCCGUGUUGCAGAGAAGAAAGUUGAUCAUCGAGAGAUACAGCAGCAUGGAUGAGAUCCUACGAGAGUGCAACAGCAUGGCCGGGCAACUGGAUGUUUGGAAACUCUUGGAUGAUGCCCAUGAUCUGGUGGCCACUCUUCAUGACAAGAUUGAUUAAGACUCUUCUUGCUAGUUAGUACUCUUCCAGAUUUUUAGUUUCAAGUAAUUGUUUCAGCCAGUGUUUUACCCAUUCUAUAUAUUUUCCCCUAUUACCUAUCUUCACCCGAAUGAAUGAUCUCAUUGAAGCAUAUAAUUUGCUUGAACUCAGACCAGAUUUUGUAUCUUUCUCGUUCCUGAUGAAGUUCUGACAAGAAUGAGUCACAUAUUCACGUCUUUAAGAUAGCAUGUAAGACGAUGUUACAAUAGUUUAAUAUUGAUUAUUUCCA